AUGCCUCCACGCAAGAUCGUGCUAUGGAGCAAAUUGCCAGCAGUUACCGGUCCGGCAAAUCGGUGGCGGCCGAUAAUACAGGCCAAUACCGCACUGCGUGCUUUAGCUGUCGGGCAGCGAGACAGCGCUGUGAUCGGCGGAAGCCCUGUUCGCGAUGUACUUCACAGGGACAGACAUGCAGUUACCCUCUUCGAUCCAAUAGAGGCCGUAAAGAAGGCAGUACCAACCAGUAAACCAGACAGUCUCGAGAAGCUCUUAGCUCGCAUUAACGAAAGCCCUGUGAAGGAUCAAGUCAUCGCAGCCAUUGUCAAGUCUCUGAACAAUGGCUCAGACAACUUGUCUCCGCCCUUGACUGAUUCGCCUGGCUUCCAAAAUCAAGGGCUUGAAGUGUCCAUCGACACGACUACCCGCUCGGAGAGCCCUGAGUUACCAGACACUACUCAAGUACCAUGCCCGUGCUUCAAACUUGAGAGGGAGAGUCACGUAGUAUCCCCCUUACAAAUCAUGGCAGCGGCUAUCGCUGCGGACCUACCGACAACAUCACUAUGCCCAAGUCACACAUCUCGUUCCAAAGAUGGAAAUGGCUUGGAUGAGCGUCUAGUGGAGUAUCUUACUCCUCGAUCAACUCAUCAGAAAGAUUGGCACGUGUUGGCAUCUCAGUCCAACAAUACGACGUUGAAACUGGAGUCGACAGCAUGCGAUCCCGUAACCGCUCGUCUUGUCGACCAAAGCGAUGUCUCGCUCUAUUUUGACUUGUUUUUCAAAAUGCGCAACCCACUAGUAGGACUGCUCGAUCCUGUCCUCCACACCCCUGAAAGUGUUUACAAUGCAUCUUUCACUCUGUUUUCUGUCAUUUGUGCUCUCGGUUGCGCAAUAUCAACUCGGCCUCGUGACCGCAUACUGUACCCAACGCUUCUCUCUUUAGCUGAGGCGAGCAUGAUGUGGUCCAUUGCUGCAUCUGUGAAAUCGCUCGAAAUCAUUCAAGCGAUUAUCUGCAUGAAGUACUGGGCACCAUUGCACCAAAGACAGGCAGACGAUCCAUAUUGGCUUCAUCUGGGUCAUGCGGCACAGCUUGCGAAAGAACUGGGGAUCAAUCGACCUUCUGCCGUGACUGAACAAGCCAACGCGCUAGCCCCGGAUGCAAGCACCGAAUUCAAAGAACGAAUGAUGCGCAACAUUGAAAGAACAUGGCUGUAUGUUUUCAUUGCCGACAAGAGUUUUGGUAUUGCGACGGGUCGCUCCCUCAUUGUCGGUUGGAACGAGUUGCCUCCAUGCCCCUGUCAAUGGUGGAAAAAGCCCAUGACGAACCCAUCAGACCGCAUGAUCAGUGGGCUCAUUGAAAUAAGAGUUCAGUUGCUGGAAGCCUUGAAACAGCUAGGGCGAGGUAUCAAAACCCCUGAAGCUGUUCUAAGCUGGCACUCAAAAGCCUUCGAAGCCCUGGAGAGCACUCGAAAUAAGGCAUGCUCAACACAUGACCCCCGAAUCGCAACCUCUCUGCCCAUUUUGGCUUUCUACAUGGACCACAGUAUCAUGGUCCUGAAUGCACAGGCAAUGAGAGACCUCAAAAACAUUGACGAAGAGGUCAGGUGUGCAGAAUUUCUAACAGUAUCCCGGCGGGCAUUCGAUGUGGCGCGGCGCGCGUUGGAGCUUGCGCUCUCAGACUCAACGAUGCGAGAACUCAGAUUAGGAUGGCAUAACAACCAAUUCAUUAUGGUCGCGCAUGCCAUGACGGAGAUCCUCCAUGCCAUCAAGCGCGGAAAUCUUCCUCCGGCUGAUGUCGUUGAUGCUGCGACCAAAGUACGGUCGGUGCCUAGGUAUCUGGAAGAUAUGGCGCAGGAACUACCAGAUACAUCUGCUGUUCACUUUUAUACCGCAUUGUCGCGCGUUUUUGCUUCUCAGGUCGAGAAGUUUGUCAACGUCGAAGACCAGAACACGGAUCAAGACGCUGGUAUUGACACGAAUCUGUUUGUGCCAGAAUGGCUCAAAGAGGUGAAUGGAGGCUCUUUGGAUCCUGCUUUGUGGUUUGAUGUAGGGUUUCUGAGCGUAGAACAACCAAGCUUUGGCAAUGCAGAUCUUGGAGGAGUGGAGGACUUGGACAACUUGACUUUCAAUUGA